AUGAAAUUCUUUCUCACUGGAUUUCCUGCAGGAUUAUUGAAUGUUCUAAUGGAGUCAAAAGCUGGCAAGAAGAAGUCUAGUAGUAGUAAAUCCUUGUUCUACGAAGCUCCUUUAGGUUACGGAAUUGAAGACGUACGACCAAACGGUGGACUCAAGAAAUUCAAAUCUGCUGCUUACUCCAACUGUGCUCGGAAACCAUCCUGA